AUGCACCAUGCUGCAGCUAACGGCGAGAUAUUGGGAUUACACAAACUGAUUGAGAAAGGCGACUCUGUGAAUAUUUCAACUAUUGAUGGAGUUACGCCUUUACAUGAAGCAUGCCUGCAAGGAAGACUAAAUUGUGUGCGCAAGCUUGUUAAUGCUGGUGCUAGGGUGAAUGCUAGGAACAUAGACGGUGCUACACCACUGUGUGAUGCCUGUGUUAAAGGCAAUGUUGAUGUUGUAAAGUUUUUGUUGCAGAAUGGCGCUGAUGUCAACCCAACAUUAUUGUCUGCAACACCACUUCAUGAGGCUGCAAUGCGAGGUAAAACAGAUUUGCAUAAUUGGGAAUGUGUACAAAUCUUGAUAGAAGCUGGUGCAUCAUUAGAAGCACAGGACUGUCAUUACGGGACACCGUUACACGUGGCAUGUUUCAAGCAAUCCACAGAGUGUGUUAAUGUCCUUCUCAAAGCAGGUGCUGUUGUGAAUGCUAGAAAAAUACUGGAGACUCCUCUCCAUGUGGCAGCAAAGUACAGUCAUAUAGAGAUUAUCAAAGUAUUGGUAGAUUUUGGCGCUGACUUGUACAUACGAGACAAUCAGGACAAUAGACCUGUGCACUAUGCAAAAUAUCAAGCAAAAGAACUCCUACAAUUCCAUGAAAGCAAUGCUUGGCCAUUGUUACAUCUUUGUCGGUGUACCAUAAGAUCCAAUGUUGGCAUAUCAAGACUCAAAUUUAUAAAAAACUUAAAAUUGCCGGAAUUGUUACUAGGCUACCUCCUUUUUGAAUAAUGAGACGAUUAGAGCAAUGAGAUGAUUAGAGCGAUGAGACGAUUAGAGCAAUGAGAUGAUUAGAG